ACCUCCUUUAACUGAAUGUUCACAUUUAAAUGAACGCUUGAAUGCUACACGUAGAACUUUUCCUUAAAUCUGAAAUGGUCCCUGGAGUAGCUUAUGUACAUUGGCCUGAAAUCCGUAAUGCAGUAACCCCAUCCACAUGUGCUCGGAUAACUUUAGUUGGACGGCUUAGUUAUUGUCAGCGAGUGUACUGUGUCGGCUACAUGGGAUAGGAAACGCUCGCAUAUACGCCUGUUCCGUAACCACAAAAUACCGCUAAACUUGAUUUUAAAUAAUGCAGAUUCCCCGAUUUAUUCACGCAGAAAGACCAGGCUCUCUGUCCAUGACGUCACUGUGUGUGUGUGUGUGUGUGUGUGUGUGUGUGUGUGUUGUUUUUUGUUUUUGUUUUUUUAAUUAAAGGUAUAGCAUACUGUGCUUUUUUGACAUGGGAAUGCAACCACAUCUAAAUACAUUCAUUUUGUUCCUGGAUGUGCUACAAUAUUUACUUUACUUGGUGUGCGCAUAUUUAUAUUUAUGUGAUUAAGAAUAAGUCAUAGUGAUAGGAAAAAUGUAGAUAAUAGCAAAUGUUGUUGUAUUUACUGUGUUUCAAACCUUAUGUGCAGUUUCUGGUUCUGUUGUAGAGGAAAUAAAAUUGGUACAGUGUGUUUUCAGAGCGUUUUGGUGCUAGCUACGAAUUAGUGCGUUUUUAAUGCAAUAAAUUAAUUAAAGUAUUCAAUGUAAAGAUGAUGUUGAUGGCAAUGACGAAUGUGUGUAUAUUACCGACAACUCUCCUGCCUUGUUUUUCACGUCACUGAAUCUAUUUUUAGUACUUUAUAUCUCAGUAAGCUAAUGUUAUAGUUAUAUAUGAAUACACGUUUUUGUGUUUUGAUGUGUCCAUCAACAUGAUCACGUCCUUUAUUCAAAUGCUCCCGUCCACGUAGGCUACAAACUGGAUGCAAACUAGUGUUUUAAUGCAACAUAAUGUGUUGUCAUACUCACUUGCAGACUGAGUCAAGGCAUCUCGAAGCAGGUUUGUGAGCUUGUUUUUCAUUCACAUUAACCCUGUCUGUUUGCUGGAUUACAGUAUGCAAAAGUAACUAAUUAGCCUUCGUUAUAACAUAAAUAUCCUACACAUUUUAAGUAAACUAUAGUGGCGUUUCCUUAAGUUUUACAUGUCCACCUAAAAAUUAUGGGUUACAUUUACUCUUAUGAGCCCGCGUGGCAAAUGAUUUAGAUUUUUUUUAAGCGGUCUGAUUAAAUGCGAGUAUUUUUGCUCUCCUUCUACCUAUUCCCCGAAAAGGCUCUCCGAAAAGUAGGCGGUAAUUGUCGGUGGAAGAUGGCGAUCAGCGAUUAGUUGCCAAAGGAGUGCGUUCGAUUGGAGGGGCACCUGGGAUUGAUGAGGAGCGGCGGCCAAUGAGAGCGCGUCAAAUGAAUGACCGGGCUCCAGUUAAAGGGGGCGUAAGAGGAGGUAGUGCCAGUCCACUGAGAAAGAGGGACCCUCCGAGAUAAACAUAGACAAGCGAAAGAAAUAAACAUUCCAAUUCGAGAUGCUUCAAGAACAAGGAAGACUCAGUAAGAUAAUAACUCGUAUUUUCGUGUAAUCCGAAAACAGCGACAUCGGCUCAGUUCGAAAGGAAAAGCGCAAAGGAAUCUUUUCAUUUCGCUGCAUUUGGGAUUUUGAGUAACAAGUUAUCCACAAGAAAAAUAUAGUCUAACUUAAUACGCAAAGCUUUUUUCCUAUGAGCGGAUCGAACUUCGUCGCCUCAUGUCGUGUUUUCAGAUCUGGAAGUUAAUAUUCCUGUAGCGCAUUCGAUUUUGUUUUGUUACAUGUUUUGUUGAAGCGCCGUGCAAAGACUGCUUGAAAGAGAAUUGGUUUUGCUCAACGAAAAGCAUGUUACUGGACGCUGGGCAUCAGUUCCCUGGUUUGGGAGUGGGCACAUUUGCCAGGCAUCAUCACUCCUCCAGUGAGAUGCAGGACAGAGACUUGAGUUUAGCGCAGAACAGCUUCGUCGACUCGGCGCACAUGGGCGCCUUCAAACUGAACCACGAUCUCUCGCCCGGACAGAGUUCUGCAUUCACGAGCCAAGCGCCCGGUUACCCCGCCGCGGCUCUGGGCGCGCACGCGGCUCAUGUCACAUCAUAUGCUAGCUCGCCGUUUAACUCCACGCGGGACUUUCUCUUUCGCAGCCGUGGAUUCGGGGAAUCGUCACCGGCGGGAGGCCAGCACGCACUCUUCGGCCCCACUGCCGGCUCGCUCCAUCACUCUCACACAGACAGCCAAGGCCACAUUCUGUUCCCUGGCAUCCACGAGCAGCAUGGAUCUCACGGCUCCCCAAAUGUGCUCAACGGGCAGAUGCGACUCGGACUACCGGGGGAGGUUUUCGGGCGGUCAGAUCAGUACCACCAGGUCUCCAGCCCAAGGACCGACCCUUACUCAGCCGCCCAGCUGCACAACCAGUACGGCUCCAUGAAUAUGAACAUGGGGAUGAAUAUGGCAGCGCAUCACCAUCACCCCGGUGCCUUCUUUCGCUACAUGAGGCAGCAGUGUAUUAAGCAAGAGCUCAUCUGUAAGUGGAUCGAUCCGGAGCAGCUCAGCAAUCCGAAGAAGAGUUGCAAUAAAACUUUCAGCACCAUGCAUGAGCUGGUCACCCACGUCUCGGUCGAGCACGUUGGAGGACCCGAACAGAGCAACCACGUCUGCUUUUGGGAAGAGUGUCCCCGGGAAAGCAAGCCUUUUAAAGCCAAAUAUAAACUGGUCAAUCACAUACGCGUGCAUACGGGAGAAAAACCUUUCCCCUGCCCGUUCCCUGGAUGUGGCAAAGUCUUCGCGAGGUCAGAAAACCUGAAGAUUCACAAGAGAACACACACAGGGGAGAAACCAUUUCAGUGUGAGUUUGAGGGAUGUGAUCGGCGCUUCGCGAACAGCAGUGACCGAAAGAAGCACAUGCACGUUCACACGUCAGACAAACCGUAUCUUUGCAAAAUGUGUGACAAGUCCUACACUCACCCCAGCUCUCUUCGAAAGCAUAUGAAGGUUCACGAGUCAUCCCCAUCUGCAUCCGACUCGUCGCCAGCGGCAAGUUCUGGUUAUGAGUCCUCAACACCCCCCGGUCUGGUGUCCCCCUCCACUGAGACCCAAAGCAACAACAAUCUGUCGCCUUCCUCAGCGGUCCACAGUUCCAACAACCACAGCAGUUUAUCGUCUAAUUUCAGUGAAUGGUAUGUUUAAGACUGUGCCAUCCCAGAAGGAAUCAUUUCAGAAAACCAGGAGAUCCAUAUACAGCUUGUACAAAACGAACGCUCCUAUAUUAUGCGCUUGUCCAGCAGGAUUAACACAUUCCCACGUCGACAGAAGAAACGUGCGCAAAAGCACUAAACGUCCUCUUUUUGUACAUACUACGCGCUCUCUUUCCCAAUGGUUGUAAUAGAUUUUGUCGGUUUUUUGGUGUAUAGAUGUUCCUUCAAUGGUAGCUAUUUCUCUAACUGGACUUUUUAGUGCACAUAUUACCAUAAAGUUGUAUUAUCAUAAUGAAUAUUGUGAUCCCAUUAUGGCAAACUGAUUGUAAACUAAACAACUAUUAACUGGAAAGAGUGCCAAAGUCAACAUUUAACGAAGACAGACACAAUAUUUGCUUGUGAAUGUAUAUCUUAGUUUGCUGGGCUUAACUUGUGAUGUUUUGUGCUUUGCAAGUUUGAAUUGUGAAAUAUAUUUGGAAGAUUGUGGGGCAAAUUAAUGUCGUGCCGUUAAAUAUCUGUAACUACACCCUUCUUUUUGUAAAUAUCGACUGCCAUAUUUAUCCAUUUGUAAUUAAAUUAUGGUAUUUACUUGCUACAGAUGAAACAAUAUUUAUAAAGAAUGUUUCUUUACUAUAAAUAUGUACAAUUAUGGGCUGAACAGGGGCAGUUGUUUUGUUAUAUGUGUUUUUGUUCAAAGUUUGAGAAGUGUUUUCUCCAUUAUUGUGAUAAAAAAUUUACUGCAUACAGAUAUAAUAAAACGUGGUGCAAGUGUACAAUC